CUACUGUGGUGCUAGGGCGAAGUGUAUGGUUGGCUUCGGUGCCACCGGCGUGAGGCCCUGGAGUCCUCUGAACUUUCCCGAGCUCUUCUGGCCCCGUGUUCGUUUGACGUAUCGGGACAGGGUCUCAACGGGCGCUUGGGCUAAACGGGUAGAGAACUGUUGCAGGUUUGUCCUUUUACCCUCAUACAAUGCCGGAUUGAUGAAUAGGAGACACCAUAUGAUCCAGUAACCCUGUGGCUUUGUCACCUACGUAAUUUACAGGAAGAAAGGUGGCAUGGUACAAUGCACUCCUGCCUCCAGCCUUCCACCUGCCCCUGCCAGGACCUACCCUGGCCUUCCUGGUACUCAGCACACCUGCCAUGUUUGACCGGGCCCUCAAGCCCUUCCUGCAGAGCUGCCACCUCCAACCACUGACUGACCCUGUGGACCAGUGUGUGGCAUACCACCUGGGCCGUGUUAGAGAGAGCCUCCCAGAGAUGCAAGUAGAAAUCAUUGCUGACUACGAGGUACACCCAAACCGGCGCCCCAAGAUUCUGGCCCAGACAGCAGCCCAUGUGGCAGGGGCAGCUUAUUACUACCAACGACAGGAUGUGGAGUCUGACCCCUGGGGAACCCAGCACAUAUCAGGUGUGUGCAUACAUCCCAGAUUUGGGGGCUGGUUUGCCAUCCGAGGGGUCGUGCUGCUGCGAGGAAUAGAGGUGCCAGAUCUGCCACCCACAAAGCCCCUCGACUGUGUACCUGCAAGAGCUGACCGGAUCACCCUGCUUGAACGCUUCAACUUCCAUUGGCGUGACUGGACUUACCGGGAUGCUGUACCACCUCAGGAGCGCUACUCAGAAGAGCAGAAGGCCUACUUUUCCACUCCGCCUGCCCAACGCUUGGCCUUACUGGGCUUGGCCCAGACCUCAGAGGAGCCUAGCUCUACAUCCCAAGAGCUUCAUUUCACCACAUUCAUCCCCAGGAAGCCUCAGAAUCCCAGCAGAGGCUGGCUCAGCCCCAGGGUCUCACCACCUGCAUCCUCUGGCCCUUGAUACCCUCCCCUCCCCUGUGGGAUCCUCAUUUAUGACAGUUGCACCUGCUGGGACUUAUUUGGCUAGACAAGAUUUUAUUGGGUACAAGAUGAUCAUUUUUGAUAAAGAAUUAUAGUAGAGAUAUUAAAUGAAGAUAACAAGGCUUAAAGAAGUUUGGUCAAAAGACCAAAGCAGAUCCAGACUUGCCACCUGCCUUGGAAUGUGGGAUUAUUACCUGUUACCAUUUCUCUGCAGUGCUUCAAGAUGCUACUUGUUACAGGGCUUAAGAAGCAACUAUCCCCUAAAUAACGGUACCUGCCUCAGAGGGUUCUUAUGGAGACUGAAUAAAUACGAAAUAGUACCUGGCAUAUAAUAAGCUAUUAUUAAAGGCCCCAGGAAUCCUAUACUGCCGCUCAUAGUUCUUACUUGUCUGAAUACUGGAGGGGUAGGUAGGCUGGGGUAGCCGUGUCUGGAAGGUGUCUAGAAGGGCACCACAUGAUAUACAGAAGGAUUCUCAGUCCUGAAUCUGCCCUAGCCUCAAGAGCCCAGGAGGAAUCCACCUUUGCCCCACUGACAACCCUCCCUCAGGACAAUGAUAUGAGAAUAAGAACUACCCUUAAAUCAAGGAUAGAAACCCAGGGAAGCCAAGAGGUGCUCAGCACUGUGCUUUUGACACAGAAACCUACCCUAUGAACACCAGCGCUGUGUUUGUCUCCCCCUCCCCCUUUUAGUUCCAAAGGUACUGAAGCCUCUAACUCUGAUCUUUUUACAGAACCAGUACCAGGCAUUUAUCAGAAGAGGCCAAGCUUCAGGUUUUCAUACAGCCCUCCCAGUAGUGUAAAAGUAAAUGUCAGUAAUCUCAUUGGGCUCUUAACCUGCAACCCAGCCUAUAGCAAAAAUUGCAGUGCCUUGGCCAGUACUGUAGUAGGAGGCCUUGCUCUUCUCCAGAUAUGGUGAAAAUGAAACACCUUGCUUCGAGGUCCAUCCUCUGUAUGUACUUGCAUUUCCCCUCAAUAUAAUUUCCUGAUUCUGAGACACUCUCACACCUCAUUUUCCCCUAAAGAGGGAAAAGCAAAAAGUAAAUUCCUCUUACACUCAAAGGCUAAUGUCCCCCUAAAAUGAAGAAUCAACAAGGUCUCAGCUCAAGUUUAAUAAAACUACAAAAGACCAAAAGCGAUAACCUACUACUAUACACAUCAGUUUGCCUGCCCCAUAAUACAGCUCAGGCCAUUCCCCCCAGAGGAAGAAAGGCUGGCCUCCCCAGCCCCUGCAGGAAAGGCCUGUCCUGUCCCACACCACAUCUGCGCUGAGUGCAAGGUCUUGUGUUUUAAGCAUGAUAAUAGUACAAAAGAGGUUUUGUUCUCAUGGCCACCUACUGCAGCCUGGCCCUAAAAUGGCCCAGUGCUCACUUCUGCUUAGAGAAAUAUUCUUUGCUCUUCUGGACAUCAGGCUUGAUGGUAUCACUGCCAGGCUUCCAGCCAGCUGGGCACACUGCAAAAGAAAGGAUACUAAUUAAUAACCUGAUCAGUGGUGAGCUCCACCCUCCCAAGGACAAGUGGAUGCCUCAAAACCAAAUGUGAGCCCUAAAGAGCAACAUUCAGGCACCAGGAAACCUACCCUGCAGUCUGAG